UAUUUUGUUGGUAGCGCGACACACCCAUGUACAAGAUGAGUCGUGCUAAAGCCAACGCGUUGUCUGCCUCAGACCGCAGAUUGAGAGUACGUCGUUGUUGGCACUAUGCUUGUUGACUUGGUUAUUUUCCGUGAUGCACCCCUCCGUACUCGCCGCCCAGGCCGCAAAGGGAGAGGCCUGCACCGAGAACACGGAGAGGCAUCGCCAAAGGUGCGUGCACACCUUGAUCGUCGCUCUAUUUUCCGGCGUUGGGCAGCAUUCGACGGCAUCGCCCGGUACCGGAGAGGGUGCAGCAGCAGGAGAACCUUCGGGCGACUCUCUUCUGCCACGUACUCCACGGGCGCUUCUCGAAGAUGACGAAGCUUUGUACUGCAGAAGACUGCAAGACACCUUGGUCUACAUGUCGCGACACCAGACAC